CAGUGAUUUUAUUAAUGACGUCGAAGAAGAGGAAGAGGAGGAGGAAGAAGUAAACUUGUCGGACGUUGAAGAGCAGGAUGAACAAGCGGAGGACCAGGAGAUGGAAGGCGCAGAGGAAGAAGCACAGUCGGAAACUUCUGAAGUGAUAGGUAAACCGCGUAAGAUCCGAAGACGGCAGCUGAUCUCGGAAAGCAGUGACCAUAAGGAUAGCGACUUCAACGAUCAAGAAACCUCGGAAUACGGAAGUCGAGAUUCCCGUGGACGAUGGAAACCAUGUAGGCGAACAAGACUGAAUCGGGAUCGGUCCAAAUCCGAUCACCAACCCUACUCAAAAGCCAACGCCGGCAGCAACAAAAAAGUUCCUGUGAUAGCCCGAAAUAAUAAUAAUAAUAAUAACAAUAACCACCAUCACCAUCACCACCAGAAGCCGUAUUACGGCGAUGUAGACGAUUCCUCACAUGAUGCGCCGUUACAGCGACACGAGCGGCAACAGCAGAAGUACCGACUGAUGAAACGUCGCAAGUCCGGCCUCCGGGAGCGGAUACGACCGACCGCGCGUAGCAUCAACUAUCAGGACGAUUUGCAUCAGAAAAAAUGCCGUAAAACGUCCACCAAGCGUUACAGCGACGAUGAGGACUACUGCCAAGUUGAUGAAUCUUCCUGUAGUUCAACCCAUUCGUCCGUGUCCGCCAGUUCGGCAGUCAGCGCCGGUUCAAACUUUUCCGAUUAUGCCGCGCCGAAACGGAAAUCUUCCCGCAAACGUGUGAUACAAACUUUUUCCAAUAGCAGCCGAUCGGUCCUGUCCUCCAACUCACGGUCCUCUUCCGUAAACAAUGUGGCAGUUAAUUGCGGUGUCCCCGCAACAAACGGUCACGGACUCUAUUCCGGUCGUCGGGUAUACCCGGACGAUGAAGAUGACUUCUUCGACGACGAUGACACCUGAGAUAUGGAUUACAAUCCGGUGAAGCGGAAACCUGCACGAAAAUUAAUCACUCCUCGGAAAAGAGGAACGGCGAAAGCAAAGGCGCAGCUGAGGCAGCGGAAAGAGUCUCAACAACGGUUAACAACACUGCUGCUGGGUCAACAACAAAUAGCGCCACCACAACCGGCGCCAUCAAAAGUGGUGUCGUAGCCGGGCUUCGGGGCAGGCGCGACCACACGAUCCGUGCCUACACCCGGGGAUAGUUGGCGGUGGGACGCCGGCGCUCAAAGGACACCCCUCAUCAUCGCCUGGAUUGCUGCGGUAGCGGUGGUGCUGCGGGGCGGCCAACCUCCGGCAAAGCUACUGCUCGUAUAGAGGAGCGACGGAACUACUACAGUUUCCGCGAGCCGAAGACCACCCGGCAAGUAUACGCGUUGUAAGUGGGAAGUGGGGGCUUGAAAAAAGGUAAUCUGAGAAGAAACUUGAUUUUUGCGCGAAUGGCAAUGUUCUUUUAUUUGUUAAACUAGCAAUGCUCGUCGAUAUUACAAGCAACUUGUAUACAGGCAACACUGGAUUCGGAUUAGUUGACCAAUGUUUUGCAGGUAAUCGCUAAGUUAUUGUAUCCUUUUCUUUGAAAAAUUCAUCCACCGAAAAGUUUGAGAAGAGUUUUGUACAUAAAAUCGAAAUCAUCCAGAAUCUUUUUUAUAAUUUUCACCUGUUUUAAAUUUUUUUUCGUUGUGUUUCCGUAAUCUUGCCAUUUUUUUUCAAAUAUUUCAAAUGAACAAGAUUGGAUGUCUGUCUUUUAUUUAAAGAGCUUCGUUUCAGUAGAAGUGUUCCUAACAGUUCCAGUUGUCGAUUUUAUUUGACCGGUGUUGGACCUUCCGUUUGGAUCUCCCAAAGAAAUAAAAAUGUAUGUAUAUGAUAAUGACCUAAUGCAACCUUGUUCUAUUUGUAGAGCACAGAACAACAUAAAAGAAGCGGCAUCUUUGUAAGAUACAAGUCUGUACUUUUCAGUAAUAUUCCAAUAUACAUAAUAUAAAUAGAAUCUAUCAAAUUCGUGUAUUUGUAGUAGAUUAAAUAAAUUAAUGAAAGAAAGCUAAUUAACCCUCGGGGAACUGCUAUAGGAA